AUGACCAACCAAGCUUCUCAUUUAAAUUCAGGUUUGUACCUUGAACCAAUACUAUCAUAUAAGCCUUAUCAACCCACUUCAAGUGAGCCUUCAUCUACUGUAUUCAGCUUUCUUGAUAAUGGAAGAUCAAGUACUCCAAAUCAAACAGAGUCUCCAAGUCAUCCGUCAUCAAACUCUUUUAGCUUCCUGUUUAAGGAAGCAACAGCUAACAACUCUUCAAGCAACGAUCUUCCAAUCUUCAUGAAGUCCUUUCUAAACAGCUCCCAAAGUGAUAAAGCUGAUAUCAGUGUUCAGGAAGAUGCGCCUAUCUUCCGCUCCUCUUCUAUGCAGGAUGAAUUGUCUGGUACCAAUGUCCAAGGAACCAGCACAGGUAAACGAUCCAAUCAAGCGGCCAACACCAUUGAAGACAGCUCUAACGAAUCCAGCAAUCCGACUUCUCAUCCAAUAGUAGUUCAACCUGCAGAUGCUAUCAACAAUCUCUCACCAAACGGUCCACCUAGCAAAAAGCUAAAGACAGCCACUUUGAAUGUUGCUUCAGAGAGCACCACGAAUAGUGCAAACUCAGCCUCUCAAAAGCAAACUCCCGUUGAAAGAAGAGAAGGAUCUGUACUUCCUUUCACCGCUCAGAAAUUCUCGCUCAACUCUGCUCAGAAGCCACAAAGCAUGCAUCCUUCUUCAGAAUCAAAUCAAGUUUCUACACCGAAAAAAACUAAUGCUUCAGUUGAAAAAAGCUCUCCAAUUCCAUCCUCGGUGAACAACAGUAGAGUGAGUCUUUCUGCCAUGUCACCUCCACCAAACAAACCAACGAUGGUAAGAGCAGCACUCACUCCCUCUAAGACUGCUGCAGCAUCUCCCGAUCAAUCACCAUUUAAGACUCCUCCAAUAUCUCAACCAUCAAAGUCAAGCCAAGCGUCCUCCCCUGCUCAGGAUAGUCACAACUUGUCUUUUGAACGAAGCGAGAAGAUUGUAGCAAAUCAUAGAUCUGAGUUAGAAGAGUUGAAGCUUGUUGAGAAUCAGUUGAACGGAGUGAAGAGAAAAGACUCUGAGAUGACUAAAACCAUGGAAGAUCUCCAUGCAAAGAUGCUAGAGCACAGCGAUACCUUAAGAGCGCUAUCCCUUAAGGUGUCCAUCCUCACCAACAAGCUGCUCAUGGCUGAGAGCCCAGCUUUCAGAGAAAGUAUCGACAAGCUUCAUCUCAAAUAUGCUGACCUUCUCAAUAACAAUCCAUAG